AUGGAUAGGUCUCAUGAUGUUCAUUUAGCCAUUGAUAUAUUAUCAAAGAAUUUACGGCCAUUAAUCACGGAUAGUAUUCCAAAGUUUUAUGAAAAUAUUAUGAAGCAAUGUUGGGAUAAAGAUCCAUCAAAAAGACCCGAUGCAACAAAAUUAGUGUCAUUAUUUGAUGAGAUCAUAGAAUUAAGUAAAGAUAUUGAUAAAUCACAAACUUUAAUUAUGUUAAAUAACUUACAACAAAUAUCCAAAAAAGUAGUCAAACUUGAGGAAUUUGAAAAAGACGAAGCAGGUACAUUAUUAAAUCAGUCAUUAUUAGAUCAUUCAUUUACUCGAAAUGAAUUUUAA